AUGAAAGGUGUGAGGUGGGCAAGAGCAUUUCACUUUCGUCACCACACCUUCCACGCUUUCCUCGAAAACCUCACUUUCCGCAUCAUUCUCAAAAUAGCUAUGAAAAAUCACAUUCUCUUCCUAUUCCUUCUCAUUGCACUUGCCCCCACUUUCUCUCUCCGCUUUCAACCUCAUGCAGCUCCGGCAGGGCCCUUGAUUAAGCAUCUGUCUUCAAUCAUCAAAUGGACAAGGUCUACCUCCAAGACGCCACACUCAGAUGGGAAUGUUCUUCAAUUUGAAAAUGGUUACGUCGUUGAGACUGUUGUGGAAGGGAACGAGAUUGGGGUCAUCCCUCACAGGAUCCGUGUCUCUGAGGAAGAUGGUGAACUCUUUGCUGUUGAUGCAAUUAAUAGCAACAUUGUUAGGAUAACUCCGCCGUUGUCCCAAUAUAGUAGAGGAAGACUGGUGGCAGGGUCAUUUCAGGGAUACACUGGUCAUGUGGAUGGAAAACCAAGUGAUGCUCGUUUCAAUCAUCCCAAAGGCAUAACCGUGGAUGAUAAAGGGAAUGUUUAUGUUGCUGAUACUCAGAAUCUUGCCAUCAGAAAGAUUGGAGAUUCUGGUGUGACGACCAUUGCUGGAGGAAAAUCAAAUGUCGCAGGCUACAGAGAUGGGCCUAGUGAGGAUGCUAAGUUCUCUAAUGAUUUUGAUGUGGUUUAUGUGCGACCCACCUGUUCCUUGCUGGUCAUUGAUAGAGGAAAUGCUGCCCUUCGGCAAAUCUCCCUUGACCAGGAGGAUUGUGAUUAUCAGUCUAAUUCAAUUUCGAGUACAGAUAUCCUUACAGUUGUCGGUGCUGUUAUAGUAGGAUAUGCUACAUGUAUGCUUCAGCAGGGAUUUGGAUCCUCUUUCUUCUCAAAAGCACGACCAUCAGAAAGAGAGUUUAAAGGGCCAGCAGGCAAUGAGAAACACAUGUCAAUCUUGGAGAGCAGUAAAGAGGAGCCGGGAUGGCCGUCUUUUGGACAGCUCAUUGUUGAUCUUUCUAAGCUUUCCCUUGAAGCAUUAGCUGGUGCAUUCAUUCAAUUCAUACCUUCACAUUUCAGACCUGGCAAGUCCAAGAAAGGCUUAACACCACUGAAAGAUCGUCUUGUGAUGCCUGAAGAUGAAGUGCAGCCUCCAUUGAUCAACAGGCAAAAUGCUCAAGGGCAUACUCCUCUUACUGAAACUCGGCUGCCAGCGCAUGUCCAUGCUCCUCUUGCCGAUAGUCGAAUGGCGUCACAUGGCCAUGCUCCUCUUAUGGAUAAUCGGCCGGCGCCACAGGUCCACACUCCAACCACAGCUGAGAAAUAUUCAGAGAUGAAGCCCCCCAAGAUAAAAUCAAGCAGUUUCAAGGACCCGUCUUUGUCAAACAAGCACAGAUCGUCAAAACGACCUGAUUAUGCGGAAUUCUAUGGAUCAACUGAGAUUCCUCCAUACACCAAAUCUAAGAGUCAGAAAGAAAGGCCAAGACAUAGACAACGAGAAAAGAGUGGAGAAUUUAUUAUGGGGGCGGUUGGAACUGAGGCUAAACCUGUUGAAACAAGGGCUGUUGAUCAUAGUAGUCCAAAGUUUGAUCAUUACAGCAUGAGGACUAAGUAUGCAUCUGAGGAGACCUUCCGGUUCAACUCUCAGUAA